AUGGGUACCGCAGAACGAUCUUCUCAUCAGAGCCAAAAUUUCCGUUAUUCCAUUGUGGAACUCAAUUACUACUUCAUGGAAGUUACGGAUCACCACAAACUUUUGGCUUUUGUAUCUCACUGCGGCCAAAACAGUCUCAUGGAAAGUGUUAGUGUUGGAGUACCACUCAUUUGCAUACCACUAUUCGCUGAUCAGGUCAGAAAUGCCGGCACAGCAAAGAAUAGGAAUGUGGCAAUUGUUCUGAAUAAAGAAAGUCUUACGGCAAAUGGCUUAGCCUCCGUCACUUAA